UGUAAGGAAAUCGUGUGUGUGUGUGUGCAGUUCCCAGCAGCUGUUGCAUGCCUGCUCAUGUCUCCGGUGGAGGCCCACCCCUUUCCGCCUGCACCGGAGCGGUGGCUGUGCAGGCGAGGAGAGCUCGGAGCCGGCUCCAUGGGAGAGGGACCUUCGCCUGUCACAGCCUUCCCAGCUGGGAGAAGCGGUGCCGGCUCUGGUCCCAGAGCCCUAUCAGCCGAGCCUGUGGCGAAUUAAUCACUCGCGUUUUUAAAUGCCAAUACAGCCCUUUCUGCCUUCUUCCCCCAGUGAUGCAGAUGCGGCGAAGGCAGCAAAUCCUCCGGCUGUGCGUGCCCUCCCCGGACUGCUGCUCCGUCCCCGCCUGUCGUGCUCGCCUGUGUGCGUGGCUGGGAGCGCUGCCUAGGUGCAGCCGGGAAUGAGACAGCUGUGGGGCAGGGGACAGCACAGCUCCAAGGGGUGACACGAGGUGGAGGAUACCCCUCCCCGCUCCCCCCCAACCGCAGGGUUGCAAGUUGCUUGAAGACAGGAGUCUUUUGUGCCUCCACUUGGUCUCUGUCAUGCCCCGUAUGGAAGCUGGGAGCAAUCGCCCCUCCAGAAGCAGAAGGCAAAGUCUUUCGCAAUGAAUCCAUGGCAGCUUCGAUCGAGCGGUGAGCUGGAGCACCUACUCACAGGCCACUCCUUUAUGUGACUGAAGAGGGGCCUUUCCCCACACUCGCCGAGGAGAGCAGAGCCCCAGCUUUAUCUCCCGCGCACCCCUGCACCCCCAGCACAGGCACCGCGAGCCUGGAAAUAGUCUGGAGCAAAGUUUGUUUCUCACUGAACAUAUUUACGGCACCUAGGAAACCAGGGGCCCAAUAUCAAUUGCAGCAUCCAUGUACUCUGCUACUAACAGCACUGAAAGAGGCCGAGCAGAAAAGAGAUUCCAGUGACAGAUGGAUCUCUCUUGUGCGCACUUGGUCUUCCCCUCUCUUUAUUUUUGUUUUCGACAUGUUUGAUCUGCAGCUCUGAAGCUUCUCAGAGGGAACCCACGAGAGAAGGAAGAAAAGGAGGAGGAAUCAAAGGAGCGUGAGCGACAGUGGAGGCAGCCCUACCUUGGUCUUCCAAAUUACACCGUGGAGGGGCAGGGGAAGACUAGAGGGGGGGAGGAUUUGGAUUUGUUUGGGGGUGGGUUUGGUGUGGGUGGGGUGUGGGUGGGGGGUGGGUGGGAGGGAGAAAAGUGGAAAAGGUUGACAAGUUGCUCAUGAGCAUCCAAGAUUUGUUAUUCUUGGUCUGAAUUCUUGUUUAGAAAAGAAGCACAAGGUAGCUCCCUUCCAGACCAAUCAUCCAUGGUCAUCGCUUUUGGGAGUGCUGGAAGCAGAUCGCACUUGUUCCCCCUGCUCCAUGCUCCUGGCUUGAACCAGAGGGCAAGAAGAAACAAUGGUGGUAACACCCAGUAGGACUGGGGUGCUCAUGCCCUUCCACUGCUAAGCCCCAGUUAUUCCCCCUUUCUCUUCCCUCUGCUCCUUAUUUUCCUUUUGCUGUGGUCUGGAAAUUUGGGGUUGUUUUUCGUUGUGGUUUUCUUUUUUUUUUUUCCCAUCCUGAUGAGGGCACCACUGAAGACCAUGAUGUGCCUGGGUUUGUGGGCAGCUGCCUUGCUCUGCGUGUUUUGCCCUGCCAUCGUGCGAGGUGACUGCUGGCUGAUUGAGGGGGACAAAGGUUACGUGUGGCUGGCCAUUUGCAGCCAGAAUCAGCCCCCGUAUGAAACCAUCCCCCAGCAUAUCAACAGCACGGUGCAUGACUUGCGUCUGAAUGAGAAUAAGCUCAAAGUGGUGCUGUACUCCUCCCUCAACCGCUUCGGCAACCUGACUGAUUUGAAUCUGACCAAGAAUGAGAUCUCCUAUAUUGAGGAUGGAGCUUUCAUGGGCCAGUCAAACCUCCAGGUUUUACAGCUGGGCUACAACAAGCUCACCAACCUGACAGAGGGCAUGUUGCGGGGCAUGGCUCGUCUCCAGUUCCUCUUUGUACAGCACAACCUAAUUGAGCUCGUCACCCCUACCGCCUUCUCUGAGUGCCCCAGCUUGAUUAGCAUUGACUUGUCAUCUAACCGUCUCAGCCGCCUGGAGGGGAACACUUUCACCAGCUUGAGCAAUCUGAUGGUGUGUGAGCUGGCUGGCAACCCCUUCAACUGCGACUGUAGCCUCUACAGCUUUCUUAACUGGCUGGCGAUGUUCAACAAUGUCACCAAGAACUAUGACCGGCUCCAGUGUGAGAGUCCUCGGGAAUUUGCUGGGUACCCACUCCUGGUACCUCGACCUCACCACAACCGCAAUGCCAUCACCAUCUUCCAGUCCAUGUGCAGAGGUGGCACCAUCCCCUCCCUCUCCAGAGUCAACCCCACCCCUUAUACCCCUGACUCCCAGCGAGACCUGGAUGAGGGCUCAGCCAUCAGUCCUGGGGACUUCCUCUCGGUCAAGCCUCCAGCCUCCUCCACCACUGACUCCUCCUUCAGUCCCAGCAUCAAGCUCCAUGAUGUCACCAUCACCUCAGCCAUCCUCAUGGUAACCAUCCCCAUGCCCUACAGUAAGAUGUAUGUACUGGUCCAAUACAACAACAGCUACGUUUCUGACAUAGCAACACUGAAGAGCAAGAAGGAAUACGUCACUGUCAACAAGCUGAAGGCCCACACUGAUUAUACUUUCUGUGUGGCCUCCAUCCGCAACAACAGGCGCUACAACCACACUUGCCUGACCUUUGCAACCCGGAGCAAAGGCAGGGAAGACCCUAUUUCUAGUACUUCCACCACCACACACUAUAUCAUGACCACCCUGGGUUGCCUCUUUGGGAUGGUCAUUGUCCUAGGGGUGGUGUACUACUGCCUGCGGAAGCGGAGGAUGCAGGAGGAGAAACAGAAGUCCCUCAAUGUCAAAAAGACUAUCCUGGAAAUGCGUUAUGGAUCAGAUAUUGAUACCAGUACCAUGGUCCAUCCUUCCCAGAAGCUGGGUGAGCCACCAGUCAUCCCUGUCACACGGAUGUCCUCCAUCCCUUCCAUGAUUGGGGAGAAGUUGCCUCCACCAAAGUCGUUGGAGGCCGGGAUGGAGACUCCUAAAGUCACCACUAAGGGUAACUACAUUGAGGUGCGGACUGGUGGUGGGGAUGGGCUGGAACGAACCCAGCGGGAUGAGGACUUGAGGGAGCUUGACAAUGGCCAAGGCUCAGCUGCUGAGAUCUCUACUAUAGCCAAGGAGGUAGACAAGGUCAACCAGAUCAUCAACAACUGCAUUGAUGCCCUCAAGCUGGACACAGCCUCCUUUCUGGGUGGUGGGACUGGUGUUGACUCAGACAUGGCCUUUGAGUGCCAGUCCAUCCCAGCCAGUUCCUCAAGUGGGCUAGAGCGGCCCAGCUUUCUUUCCCCACCCUACAAGGAAAGCUCCCACCACCCCUUGCAGCGCCAGCUCAGUGCUGAUGCUGCUGUGGCCAGAAAGACCUGCAGUGUCUCCUCUAGUGGCUCCAUCAAGAGUGCCAAGGUCUUCAGCUUGGAUGUGCCUGACCACCCACCACUCAGCAAGUCUGACUCCAAAUACAUUGAGAAGGGCAGCCCACUCAACAGCCCUUUGGAUCGUCUUCCCUUGGUGUCCCCGGGUGCCAUCCACCACUUGGAGGUCAAGCCUUCUUACCAUUGCAGUGAGCACCGUCACUCCUUCCCAGCCCUGUACUAUGAGGAAAGUGCUGACACCUUGAGCCAGAGGGUGUCAUUCCUCAAGCCACUCUCCCGGUCCAAGCGAGACUCCACAUACUCCCAGCUCUCCCCAAGACACUACUUCUCAGGCUACUCUUCCAGCCCUGAGUACUCAUCAGAGAGCACCCACAAGAUCUGGGAGCGGUUCCGGCCUUACAAGAAGCACCACAGGGAGGAGGUUUACAUGGCGGCUGGGCAUGCCCUGCGGAAGAAAGUGCAGUUUGCCAAGGAUGAGGAUCUGCAUGACAUCCUGGAUUACUGGAAAGGAGUCUCUGCUCAGCAGAAGCUGUGACUCUCCAUUGCUCUUUCCAAGGAAACAAUACAAAACAAGACUCACUCCUCCCAACAAACAGAAAAAAAUAUGCCACUUGACUGUGAAAAAUAAACCAACAACAAAAUACUCCCGACAAAUACAAAACUGACAAAAUUGUUUCUUAAAGUUUACAACAACAACAGAAAACUCUCACACACACAGACACACACACACACACACACACACACACACACACACACACAUGUCGAAUUGUCUCUACUGUGUUAUGGGGACCAUUGUUCUGCCUGCAGAUGGUUGGGAGCACCAUCCUGCUCUGACACUGUGGUAACAACACUGGAGUGUGGGUGGAAAUGGCCCGGGAGGGGGUGGCUGUGGUGGCAGGGAACGGGCAGGGAUGGGCACUCACUGAGCAUGAAACUCAGCUGUGAACUACUGCUUUUUCUGUUCCUGUUGAGGGAUGAAUUUUUUUCUUUUGGGUGGGAGGGGUUGACUUUGGUUUAGAAAGCUUCUCUGCCCACCUGGUAUACCUACUUUUCCACAUCUUCCAUCACUGUUUUUUUCCCUAUUUCCUUUGGCAUUGGAGGCUUUUCUCUCUCUCUGGUCCUCUUCCAAGAUACGUGAGAUUUUUUUGGAAGAAGUUGUAUCACUUCUUUGGCUUUUCCUCUUCCCUACCCUUCUGUUAGGGGUCCCUAGGCUGGCACUUUCUGUCUAGAUACUUCAUGAACCUCCAUCCUCCUCCGAGGAAGGAAAGGAGGUGCUAAUGACUGAGGGAGGUAGAACUUGCCACACAACAGACUCUGUGGACUUGCUGCUCUUCCUCUUUCCCUUCUCCUGCCAUGUCAUUGCUGAUGAACAUCAGCAAUUCUGGAGAUGAGGAUUCUCCAGGCCUGCUCAGAGCCAGUUUUCUGCCAGUUGGUGGGGGCACAUGAGUGUGUUCUUUGGCAUGGCAAGCCAGGUCCUCGAGGAGUGGUGGAGGAAAAGGCGAGAAGGUUCGGUCCAUGAGUAUCACAGGUCAGAGAUCCUCCCAACUGUACACACCUAUGCUCAGGCUGCCCUUGUGCAGUAUUUUUUAUAUUCCCUGCUCAUGUCUCCCUUACUAUGAGGAAAGAACCUGGAAAGGAGCUGAGCAGAACAAGUUCUACAUGAAACUUCUGCAGCUCUUGCCAGCUUACUUGCAUCAUGGGGUAUGGGAUGGGAGGCUGUGUAUGAGAAGAGCAUCACCCAACCUUGUAACUUGCAGGUGUUAUGAAGAACAGGAUUUCAGUUGCUUACCUCAGUGAGUUGACAGAAAAGCCAGCAAGUGGCUUCCCCUUCAAUAGGCCAUGGACACUCUGUCAUGGAUAGGAGACAGCCUAGGGUAAAGGCAGGAGCACAGGAAACAAGAGGGAUGUGAGAAUGGGGCCUGGAAGUAGCCCAAGAGGGAUGGCUCCAGGAGAUGUUCUCUGUGUGUAUGUGCAGCCAUAUUGUGUAUGCUGGGAUAGAAGAGAAUAUCAGCUUCUGGAUGGCAGUGUUCCUUUGAAUAUUUAGAGGCCUCAGAGCAACUUAUCACCUCCUAAAUCCUCCACCUCCUCACGGUUGGCUGUGACAAACUUUUCUUAAGGAUCCUAUCAUGUCUUGACAAAAACCUGGUUUCACUUGCUAGGUCCCAGCUUCUGUCCCUUGCAUAGAAGAGCUGCCACAGAUCUGGGAAAGAACCUACUGCUGUCUCCACUUUGUCCCAUUUCUGAGUAGCCCAACCAAGCACAAUCUUGGCACCAUCUCCCCCAAAAUUUUCUUGUCAGGCAGGGGUGCUCCCUGCUGAAUGUGUCAUUAUGCAGCACAGUGGGCCUCCUCUCCAUGCGCUGCACACCCCAAUUCUCAAUAAUUGUUCAGCUCUGUCAGGAUGAGGGUGAAGCCCUGUGUUGUGUUGGGCUUUCCUAAGUGGCUAUUUCCUUUCUGAGAUGCUCCUCCACUGGCGUCCCAGUGUUUUGGGUGGCCCUAGAAGAAUGAUGAGGGUGUCGGAUCUUCUCUAGGAAGGAUUUACAUGCUGUCUGCAGAGAAUCUGCCCAUUAUCUGUCAGGCACCAGCACUGCCAGCUGUGAGAGCUGGGUUCUAUGCCACAGGUGACAUGAUUCCACCUUCUGUAAGUUAGGAGCAGCAGUAGGCAGAGCCUGGUGUGCAAGAAAACAGAGAGGGGAUCCCCAAGGUCAAAACAUGUGAAGAUCCUCAGGGUCUCUUCCUUGCAGGGAUGCUGAUGGUAACAGUUCUAAGCCAGGUCCUGAUCCCAUUGCCUCAGCCUCCUUCACUGUCAGCCUGCUUCCCCACAGUCAAAGCAGCAUUUUGCCGUGAGUCCAGAGGUGUUCAUGGGACUGACUCCACACCGUAAGAGCCAGUCCAGCCCAGAGAAAGGCAUGUGUGUGCACACACGUGCACGUGUGUGUGCAUGUGCAGGAGGAUGAAGGGGAGACACAUCACUGCUGCCAUGAGUCCCUCCAUGUUGGGACAAUGCAAAUCAAGACAGGAAAAUGCUGUGAGAGGUGCUUAGGCACAGCAGAGACCUUUCCAGCUACUAAAUGGAGCAGGCCCAGCAGUCUUCCAGCACAACAACCAUCCAAGCAGGAAAGACUAAUGGCUGGGGCACAGAACUGGACAGGAAGAGGGGGAUGACAGGCACAGGGGGUUGGAGUCCUGUUCCUCUCCCCACCUCUUCCCUCCCUGUGCUUCUCUGCUGUAUGGUCUUGUAAUCAGUUCUGCUCAGUCUCUAUUUUUGGGGGGAGCAUUAACCUCUAAUGGUUUCUUCUCCCUCUCCCCAUCACUCCAACAAGGCAGAAAAGAAAGGUCAGGGAUGCAGCUAUCAUCAGGCCCUUCUUUUGCCUGUGGUGGGGGUAAGGUUGGGUAGGACGGACAAGCCAUUUCUCUCCCAACAGUAGCCCCUCACUUCAAACCAGUGGGUGAAGUUUGCACAAGAUGGACUGUUCUGUGGGAGGAAGAGGGCAAGGAAAGGGAACAAAGUAUCCCACCUUCCUUCCUCCUUCCUUCUUCCUUGUCCUGCUACCUAUCCAGGAAUGAGGGCUCGCAAAGUGAUGCCAGCCCUGCUGGAGGAAAGCAGAUUUAAAGUUCUAUUUGCAUGAUGAUUUUACUGUAUUUUUCCGAGCAAACACCUGUUGUGUAUGUGCCAGUUUGUUGGAAUUUAAUCUCCUCCCCCAAAGUCUCUCCUGUCCUUGUCCCUGUUUUCCCUGCUCCUUUCAUUCGUCCCUGAUGUGAUUUUUUUGACAGACUCCUACCAGUUUGGGAGGGAACACAUCCCAAAGUGAACCCAACCCAGUCAGCCCUAUAAAAAACAUUCCUCCUUCUUUCCAGUGUCCCCCUCCUCUUGCCCCAAGUGUCGUCUCUCAGCUGCUUUUCAGGGUUGUGUGCAUGAAGGGGGAUGUGUUAUAUACCAAAGGCCUCCUCUUUCUCGUGGUCAUAAUUUCUCCUAAUUAUUUAGAAACAGGAGUGAGAUCCAUCAAGAUAGAUCUCAUAAGAGAAAUGGUCACUACCAACCCCACACCUUGGUUGUUCUUUCUCCAGAUCUACAAGCAAGGUUAUUCUUGGGGGAACAAGGAGUGCUUCAGCUGCAGGGAAAACCUCUGAUACAGUGAAAGCUUGAUGUGGAGCUGGUUACAAUCACUAGAAGACCUCCCACCACCUUCCUCUCAUUAAUUGCAGGGAGCUUUGUAUUAGGUCUGUCCUACCUCUCCUCUCCCAUGGGGGGCCCUGGCAGAGGGCAGAGCGUGAUUAAACCUUUAAGGCCUCUGUGGUGGGAAAAAACAAGGAGAGACUCCCUGAAGUUUCUAAGCCCUCUGUGGAUUGGCUUUGGCAAGAGUCCUUCACCCUUGCCUUCUCCCAGGGUAAAGUUGUUCCAUGGGGCAGAAAUAGGACCAGCCGCUUUCACACUUUAUUUCUGGGUUGGUGACUCUUGGCAGGGCAAACAGGGAUUUAGUUCACCUCACUGGAAAGUGUGGAGGGUGAGGAAUGAGGUUGGGGGCUGACCUGCCCUCUUCCCCCAGGCAGAAGCUCCGAGUGGAGGGCCUGGGCUGGGUUCCUGCACCCAGAAGAGUGAAGGUGGGGCCCUAGGUGUGCUGUUCCCAUGAGUCAGAGCUCGUCCCCAUCCCUGCCAGUACCAUGUUUUCCUCUCCCCCGCCCCACUCUUCCAUGCUGAAUAAAUCCCUCCCGAGGCAGGUGUGAAAUAUUCAUGACUGACAAAUGAAGAUUUAUGUCGGGCUGAGGAGGCCUCUGUGUGUUUGCAAUGCUAAUCAGCCUGCCUUCCUGGAGGAGGAUCUGCCAGGCAGGCUUGGGGGAGGGAAGGGCAGAUGCAGGGGGGAAGGGGGAAAAGGAGCUGUGAAAGAGACAGGAGGGGCAGACACAGAAGGGCUGAGGAAGGUGUGGUGGGACCAAGGAAUAGGGAGGCGAAGGGGGAUAGGUAGAGGGAAAUGGAGGGGGUGAAGAGGGACAGGCUGGAAAGACCAGGGGAAGAGAUGGCUGCUCUGGGAAGAAUGGGACAGUAAAGGGAGAAAGAGACCAGUGGGAGAAAGGGUUGAGUGAAGCGGUAGAGGCUCUCUGAGAGGAGGUAUGGAGUAAGUCAACAGUGCCUGAAGAAAAAAAGCUGGACAGACUUCAUGAUGAGCUGUGGCCCCUCUCUAUAGGGCAGAGCUCAGCACUACAGGGCGGGCAGCUGCUGCACGGGCAGGAGCUGGACCCAUGGCCCCGAAAGCACAUUUGCCAUGCUUGUUGCUGACUGGAAAGUUCGGCUGCAUCUGGAAGGACACACCACCUCCAGGAGCCUGGAGACCAACCCUUCCACCACCACCACCACCACCACCUCCUUCAGCACAAGCUGCAUGCAAGAAGAGCUUCAUGGAGGCGAGUCUUCUUGCUGGAGCCAGCCUGCUGCCGUCCCACCACCUGUGCAAGAGAGAGCAUCUUCAAGGUGUCUUGGUGUGAGACGACACUGAGCACCACCCCGCCCCAGGCGACAGGGUUCUCUUGUAGGGCUCGUGGAGCCUGUUCCACCUCAGCUGCCCCCACCCACCCUGGCUGAGGCAGGAGUUUUUAGGUCUUUCCCUGAAGAAGGGGCAGAAGGGGGCAUCUGUUGCCUCCCCCCUACACACGCACGCACUCCUGCACUCUGUCCCUCCAGCCACUUUGGCCUUGUACUGUGAGGGGCAUCCUUGGUCUGCCUCCCCUCGGCUUUCCCUGCCGUGCGCUGUGGAGAGAUCUCUGUGGAGAGACAUCCCUGUGGAGAGACAUCCCUGUGGAGAGACAUCGUCUCCGUACUGCUCCCUGCGCAGCCCCACCAGGGCAGCUCUCCGCAGGGCCACCCCAAUCCCCCACCCCCAUCCCUGGGUGGAGAGAGGGCAAUCUCUGCCCGGCUUCUCCUUCUCCCACUGGGUGGGCACCUCCUUUCCUCCUUGCCCUGCCAGGAGGCAAAUCUCUCCUUCUCCCACUUAUGGUCCCCCCCCUCUGUCUGCCCCAUCCUCGCGCGUUUGGCUUUGCCUCCCCCAUGACUACCACCGCCACUGUGAGGCCUUGCUCUUGGGUGUCCUGCCCCCAUUGCCUGCUCUCCACCUUCCCUGGGGGGAAGAGGAAGAGGCUGACUGGGCCAGGUCAGACCCUCCAGGGCUGGUUCCGCUGGUCCAUACACAAGCACAGCACCUGGGGCGAGGGGGUGGGAAGGGGCAGGCAGCUGCUGGGCACGGAGUCGGGGGUAUCAGCCCUUGAAUGUAAGGAAGGGCCUGGGAGGUAGCUGCUGGGACCGGCUCCUUGUGGCCUCUUUGGUGUUUCUCCUUCCGUAACAACCCUGUGACCCCCCCCUGGUUGUGUAUGGACAAAUUUGAGUUGGAGUUAAGUUCUUUUCUUCUUCUUUUUUUUUUUUUUUUUUUCCUUCUUCCUUUAGGUUUCUAUUUCUUUCUCUUUAUUUUCUUUCCUUUUUUCCCUCUUUCUUUCUCUUUUCUUUCUUUUCCUGUUUUAAAACUGAAUGGCACGAAAUUGUUUUUCCUCAACUCGGAGAUUCCUGUAUGGAUAAAAUCAAUUUCUAUAUUUGCAAUAAAUUUCUUAUUAAAAAAAAAAUUAAAAAAAAAAACACAAAAAACCCAAAAACAACAAACAAAAAAUAUGAAAA